GUUCACCGACCGUCGUGCUUGGCUCUUCUGCUAAGUACUUGUGACCCUCCUUCUAGACGUCGACUUGUGUUCAAAGUUGGUACGGCCAAGGAAUUGGCAUUCCGCAAGCGUGGCCAGUCUCGUCUCCUCACCCUCCAUCGGGCAUGUCGUUCGAUCACUGAGGCCAGAAUCUUGAGGACAGGCUAUCCAACGAUUGCCCCUUUUCUGACGAUUUCUAUUGACUAUCAAUCCCUAGCUUAUUGUCUGAGGCCUGAAGAUUGCGUUUCGUGCCAUAACAAGUUUAAUACAGACAAGACAGGAUGACGACAAGUUCCGUUGAUCACUGGUCUGCGAUACUCACCUUCAUACUCUUUGUCUUCUCCAAUGCAGCUGUCAUCUACCCCGUCCGAGUUUCGGUGCCUACUUGGCUCAUUUGUCAUAUUAGACCGCUCCUUGUCGCGACGCAUAUACUGGCCGAAUCACGUUCUCCGGUCCGCAAGACAAAUAUACGCCUUAACUUCAUUACAGUGCCCCUCAUCUCCGUCCUCAUACUGCUAGCCACUGGCGCGAUCGACGGGACGGUUGUGCGCGAUGGCAUCGUAGGUUCCAACGGAGUGCAACCCCUGGACAUCAUGGCCCUCUUCAUCUCUCUGGCGUAUCUGAGCAUCUCGCUCGAUGCCACCGGCCUGCUGCGCUUCCUGGCGUUCUGGGUUGUAGGCAAGGGCGGUGGCUCCGGCCGGAGGCUGUUCGCCUACCUGUAUGCGUUUUUCUUGAUCUGCGGUGUAAUUGUCGGGAAUGAUCCUGUCAUUCUAUCCGGCACUGCCUUCCUCGCAUAUCUCACACGCGUCUCCGGCAUGACGAACCCGAAGGCAUGGAUCUUCUCGCAAUUUGCAGCUGCUAACAUGGCCUCCGUCGUCCUCGUAUCUUCCAACCCGACCAACCUCGUCCUCAGCGGCGCCUUCACGCUCAAAUGGACGUCAUACAUCGCGCACGUAAUCCUACCCUUCCUCGCCGCGGCCAUCACCGUAUAUCCGCUCCUGCUCUACAUGUUCCGUUCCCCCGACCUGAUCCCGGAGUCGCUAGACCUCGACCUAAAUGAGGUCGGCGACAUACGAGAGACACUCGUGGACAAGGGUGGUGCGAUUUUCGGAAGUUGCCUGGUGCUCGUCACGCUUGGAGUACUCGUCGGCACGAGCACGGUCGGCGUCCCUGUCUGGGAGGUCACUGUCCCCCCUGCGUGCAUCAUGCUUGCGCGGGACAUUUGGUGGGAUUGGUCCCGGUACCGUUCCCUCCGAGUCCGCGGUGCAGGUGUAAACACCACCGCCGCAAUGGAUAUAGAGCUCAAAGAGUUCCCCGAAGGUUCGGACUUGUCGACGCGGAACAGAACGGCGAAUGGGAGGGUUGGCGAAGACGGAGACGAGCUGCAAGAAGCUAGGGAACGGCGCCUCGUGCAAGAUGCUCCUCCACGCCUACCGCCGGGCUUCGUUGAGUUCGUGGCGCAUCACCUUGCACGAGUGAAGCGUACGUUUCCCACCGUGUCCUCUAUCGCAUUGCGUCUACCCAUCCCGCUCCUUCCCUUCGCAUUCCUCACGUUCAUCCUCGUCAACGCGCUGUCCACCCAAGGCUGGGUGGGCUUGUUCGCGGGCUGGUGGGGUGCGUGGGUCCGCGUGACGGGCGUGUUGGGCGCCGUCGGCGGGAUGGGUUUCCUCUCGUGUAUCUUCUGCAAUCUCUGCGGCACGAAUAUCGGCGCGACGAUCCUCCUCGCGCGUCUCCUACAAAUCUGGAUCGCCGCCGCCUCGCCAGCAGACCGCGAGCGGUUCGGCGCCAUCUACGCGCUCGCACUCGGCUCGAACUUUGGCGCGUUCACACUCACGUUUAGCGCGUCGCUCGCUGGGCUCCUGUGGAGGCGGAUCCUCAGGCAGAAAGGAAUUCAUGUGCGUGCGCGAGAAUUCCUUAGGGUCAACUUCCCGAUCGCGGCUGUCGCGAUGACAGUGGGGUGUGCGGUGUUAGUCGGCGAGGUGUAUGUAGUGUACAGAUAGAGAUACGGAGUGGGUAUGUGGCAGACUUGUACUCGAUGUCUGCUCUGCACAUUGGUAUUCAUUGGCAAUCUGUUUGGCGAGCACAUUCGACGAUCUUUUUAGGCUGCGUUGUGCGCCUAUAGGUUCGUAUGUGCGGCUCAGCCGCUCGUCGUGUAGUACACUGUACCAGAGCGAGGUCCAGUGGUCUGGGUUGGCAGGAAUGCGAGGGCGACAUUGAGGGCUCGAAGGACGGAGGGACAAGAAAGGAGAGCCUAAAGUUCGCUCAUAUUACAGAGUACUCAGUCUACGGUACAAUUAGUAC